CAAGUCGCGGGGACUUUAGAACUCACGCGAUGACAGAGCAAUCGAACUUUGAGGCUAAACUUCUGUUUUAACAACAUGGACUUUGAGGGAGUGUGCUUUUCUUUUCACGUUAAUUGUCGUUUUCAAUUGUGGACAACGUUUUAGUUUUGUUUGUUUUGUUUUUUAAACAAAAAACACGACAAUGUUAGUCCUGUACCGUUAUUAAACAUAACCUGCAUCGAGGCAAGCUAGCAUCUUUAAAAGUUGUCGACACGCUUACGUUUAGUUUAGGAACCGUGCACGUUCCUUUUUCUGACUUCUGAUGUGAGGGGUCCGCUGCUUUGGAGUCGCAGGAUGAACAAUAAAGCUGGAGAUAUCCUGCAAUGUGAGAAGCAGCUAAGAGACGCAUUACACAGCGAUGACAAGGAGAAGCUGCGGAGGAAGUUGGCUCUGUUGAAAAGGGAGUAUGUGAAGACAGCGCAGAGGCUGCAGCGUGCUGAGCGUCUGGAGGCUGUGAGGAAGCAUGUCAGGAGUAGGAUCUCUGAACAGAACCAGCUGGAUCAUCACAGCGGUUCUGAGGAUGCAACUGCAUCACGUGUCAACUCUCCAUCGUUGAUACUCAGCACCACCAAUGCAGAAGAUCAAGGCUCAGCCCAGGCUCAGGAGCAUGAUCCUCCAGAUUCUGAUCCAUCACGGAGAAGCCAGGUGAUCAGGUUUAUCCUCCCUUCUGAAUCGUCCCCACAACCUCCGGAUUCCUGCCACGACUCGGGUCGAGGUCACAGACCCAGCUCUGCCCUGCGCCUCCGGUCCAGGCGGAGCCGCCUUCGCUGGGAAAGGAGGAGUGCUGAGGCUGACCACAGCGCAGGCGUCAACCUGAAAGCACCAGAGCCGAGCGAGUCCAUACAAGGUGCCAUAACGGCUGAAGAAGAAGAGACGGUCAAUUGGAGAGGGGCGGAUACUGUGAAUGAAAGCGAAGAGAAGCUUUCUGGUCAGGAUUCCGACUCUCCGUCUCUUCUGCUCACACACUGGAGUGCGCACAAAAAAGCUGAAAAUGGAGAGGAAGAGAAAACUGAAAACUGGAAACGCCAAGAGAAAAGGGAAGACAAGACUGAUGUAGUGCGUGAAAGCCCGUGUGAAUAUUUAUCAUCCACUGAAGGGGGGAGACUAAGUGUGGAAAACAGAGAAGAGGGGGGUGUUAGAAAAGAUGAAGAAGAAAAAAAGACAUGUAAAGGGGAGGAAAACAAAAAAGCUGAGCAAACAGAAACGGUAGAGGAUGAAAAGAAAUUUGAAAAGAGUCAGACCUCCGGUGAUGAAAAGAGUCUUCUGGACUCCUGCACACUAGUGGAGGGACUCCUUUUCCCCGUGGAGUAUUACGUUCGGACCACCAGACGCAUGACCUCCUCGCAAAGCCAACCUGACAUCCAAGCUGUCCUCUUCUCCCAGCUGAGCGUAGGACGCCAGCGCAGGAGUCGAGGCCGCCGCAGUGGAACCUGCAGCAGUUCACAGCGCCGCACUCCCUCCUCCCCAGCGACUUCAUCCACCCCUCCACUUCCUCUGAACCCCUCCGUCGUUCAGCCCGACAGUGCAUCAGCUGGGGACAGUCUGAUGGCCUCUUAUGCCGGGUUGUCCCCCACAGUCAAGCCUGCGUGUCCACAGAGAGGCCGGAAUAAGAGAAGAGGUCGGGGACGGGGGAGACCUCAGACCCCAAAAUACUCCAUUAAAUGUCAGGACCCUCAGGUUGUAGUGACCCCAGACAAUGUCACCUCUUUAUAUUCUCUAUCCCAGUCUCUCUCUAGGGCUGAUGGACCAAACCCCAUUUUCAUUUCCCAAAAAGGUGUUAAGGAAAUAGAUAUAAAUCCGCCGGUUUCAGCCAGCAUCACCGCUUCUUCCCAGUCAUCCUCAGGGGUAGCAGCAGUUCAGUCUGGUUCUGUGUCUGCACAGGUGGAACAGGUCUACCCCAUUUUUAUGAAGCACAGCUUCAAAAGGAAAACACCGCAACAGACGAUCAGAGGCCCAUCGGACUGGACGUCUCUCCUCCUGCCUCCUGCCUCCUCGCCUGUUCAGACCCCCCUGCUCUCCCUCCCACCCACCUCUCUUUGCUCGCUUGUCGGCAGCCUGAAAAGCGUGGACAUUCACCAAGAUUUUCACCUCCCAGACGAGCACUUUGCCUCCCUGAAAUUGCACAAACUUCGACAAGUGGCAGUGGAGUCCGGAGUCGAGCACUUCUCUACGCCGUCUCGCAACACCCGCAGCAGCCUCCGGCGCUCUGACUUCAGCGAUUCUUGGACGACCGUCCCUCUGUUGCCCACGUCCUCGCCCACUGCUGCAGAAAUGCCUCUAUCAGAUGAGAAGCACAAGGCUGCUGAUCUGCCCUCCUUCCUGCCUCAUUGCUCAGAAAAUCUCACUGAAACACUGAGUAGCAGCUCCUUCACCAAGGAGCAGACUGAGGGAGUGGAGAACUUUGAAAAGGUGAUGGUGGUUGUGAUGCAGGAAAUCCCUGAAGAACCUGAAACCAUAGCUGCACAGGUUAAUAUCCAGUGCAGCUUAUCAGCUGGGAACAUCCACAGAUCUCCAACCACUGACCAGAUGGUGCCUCAUCCCAAAAUCUCUGACCCACAAACACGCAGUGAACAAGUUUCAUCUGAAGAGCAAGCAGACGAUCGUGGAGAAGGCGGUGCUGUUCAGGAUCAGAGGUCUGUGGCCCCUGAAGAAAAAUCCAGAGCUGAGAUUCAAAACUUUGAUUGGUGUGGGAAGGAAAUCCCAGAAGAACCUCCCAACACGAGCACAUGUUCUCAAGAUGAUGAAGACGAAGGAGAGGCUGCGGUGAAUGUCCAAAAUGCUCUGGAUCCUCUAGAUUCUAAGGAACCACACUUAAACCUCUGUGAGGAGAAACUGCCUGAAAACAAGCCCAUGUGUGCCACCCAGCUCCCUGAUCUCCUGCUGACUUCACAUAUUCCUUCAGCACCGUGUCCAUUUCUUAGCCCCCGCCUGCCUUCCACUCUGCUCUCCAGCCCAGCCCUGCCCUCUCUGGGACUCACCCCUCACCCUGCUGCCGGCAGCCUCCCCCUGACUCUGUCCCCCUCUGCUCCUUCUCUGAGUUUGCCUCCUCCUCACAGUCCAUCUGCACAGGCUCUCCCACCUCCCGCUCUGUCUCCCUGCCCGUCCUUCCCCAUUGAAUCUGCCGUUUGCCCGCCUCUGCCCUGCGCUCAGCGCCACAGCUCAGGGAGUCCAACGCCCACCGAGACGCCCACAAUGAGGCGCACACUCACACUUAAGGCGGCAGCAGGAGGGCUGCUGGUGGACGUUUGCUGUUUUCUCCGAGCUUCUGGGGAUCUAUGUGUCGCAGCUGCAGGGAAGUGGGCCGUGUGUCUGUGGAGCCAAAGUUCUGCGUCUGACUGGAGCUUAAAGCACACCUGGACCUUCAGUGAACCGGUGAUCAACGUCUUUCCUGUCCUGGAUGCUGCAGGGCUGAUCUGUGUGACCCUUGGUCAGUUGGAAAUUAGAGAAGUCAGAGUGCUCUCAUGCUCCAGCCUCAUGCAGAUGCUGAUAUGUGAGGGGGUCAUCCAGGUGGUGGUGGGCGUGUCUAGAUCCAGGGUGGUCACCUCCUCCUGCUCCACCAUGGGCUCCACCCUGCAGGUGUUUGCUCUGUCGGACAGCAGCAGGUCACAGAGGGGUCAGCCUCUGGAGUCUCCUGGCGUUUGUGUCAGCGCACUCGCUCCGGUCGACGGACUCCCUGAUGCUCUGAUCGCCACAGAUGAAGAUGGACGUCUUUUCAUCUGGAAUACAAAGACCGGGCAGCUGCUUUGCAAAGUCCAGUUGGAGCAGAGUUUAUCCCACAGCGCCUGUCUCAGAGGAUUCUCUGUGUCUGGAGCUUUGUUGGUCCUCCUCCAGCAUCAGCAUCUCAGCUUACCUCAGGAAGAAGACAAAACAAAUCUUAGAGAGGAUACACCUUCAGAAGAGCCCGAGAUGGCGUUGUUCUCUCUGGUCGCCACUAACCCUCAGACUGGAAGGUCUGUUCUGGUCACUCAGCUGACUCCGCCCAACGCGUGGCACAGCAGGCUGUUUGAAGCUGACGUCAACCAUUCCCGCGUGGCGGCGCUGAGUCCGAGCGGCGGUGUCUGUGUGUGGGGGCUUGGCCGAGGGGGGGGCCCUCAGACGCUGAAGGCUCCAGAGGGGGAGGACUGGCAGCUGGCGCGCUGGGGAGAGGAGGACACGCUGGUGAUUGGACAUCAAAACGGCGAUGUGUCUCUGUACUGCUGCAGCGCCGACCCGACCUCCUCCUGCCUGUAGAAACCCCCCCUCUACCUAAACAUGAUUUGUUCUCUCUGUAAACGGUUCUGUUUUAAGACCUGCAACAUUUACUAAAUGUGUUCAGAAUAAUCGCCUUUCUUUUCAUUCAACAAAAUCCCAUUUUGGCUGAAAUGAAUGUUCAAAACUCCAUCUUUUCAUUUGUUUCACUGUAGAAACAAAUGUUUUAUUCUGCAGCUAAAUUCAAAACUAGAAUCUCUGCAGGUUGAAGAAGCUUUAUUUGUCUGAGGAGGUUUUAUUGCACAUGUCUCACAAUCCAUAUAGAUUUCUGCUUUUAUGUCACUUUCCUUUAAGUACUACUGUUGAGUCAUUUGUUGUUAUUUCAAAUAAGAUGUUAUAUUUAAAGAAAAAACUUGGAUUAAAAUUAUAUUAAACUUUGAUACCUUAUUUCUCUGUUUCUAGAAGAAAUGGUUUCUAUUUACAUGAAGCAACUGAAUAAAAGACAGGAAGACAUUCUAGUGCGCUGAUAUAGUGAAACAAUUGAAAGUUAACAGUGUAAAUAUUUAUUACAAAUAUAUAUGCAUUAUUCUCCACUAUGAUAAAUAAAGGCAACAUUUAUGAGAUUUAAUUUCUUUAGAAUCUCUGAAAUGAGAGUUUCUGUUGGAUAAAAAGCUUUUGCUCCUAA